AUGGGCGGAGGAGGAAAGAUCCCAUACCCCAAGCACGUCUGGUCGCCGGCCGGUGGUUGGUACGCCCAACCCGCCAACUGGAAAGCCAACACGGCCGUCGUAGGCCUCGCCCUCGGCAGCAUCGUCGGCAUGGCCUGGAUGCUCAGCGCAAACCGCGAGUACCGCGACAAGAUGCCCGAACGCCACCGAUUCUUCCCCAGCCGAUAG